CCGGGGCUGGAAGAUGGGCGGGGGGACGCGUGUUGUUGUACAUGGUGGUGAACUGUCUCCUCAGCCAAGGCACCCGAUAUGAUCACCAUCAGAAUCACACAAAUGUGCCGCAAAGUACCCACUUCCAUUCGCAAUACUCGUGUUGGAGUCUUGUUCGGGUUCGUCGUAAGGGAAUAGUAAGGGAAGUUGGUGUAGCGUAGUCCGACCCCCCCCCCCCCAGGAUGAGAGUGUAUUGGUGCUAAUAUCGAGCAGCUACAUUAGCUACUUAGCGGCGGACCUCUUUCACAAUGGAGCAGCAGCUGUGUAGUACCGUCAGCGCCCCUACUGGCCUGAUCGUCCAGGUGUGUUUCCCUGGCGCCCGCACUGCCGUCUUGGACAACCUGAACCGCCAGCGCGAGGAGGGGCGUCUCUGCGAUCUCGCCAUCCAGGUGCAGGGUCAUGUGUACAGGGCCCAUCGCUGUGUGCUCGCUGCCUCCUCGCCUUAUUUCCACGACCAGGUGCUGCUGAAGAACGUCACCAUGGUGUCCCUCCCCUCCGUCAUGGACCCGCUGGCCUUCCAGAGCGUCCUGGCCUCGGCCUACACGGGCCAGCUCAGCAUCGUGCACGAGGACAUCGUCAACUACGUCACGGUGGCCAGCUUCCUCCAGAUGUGGCACAUCGUGGACAAGUGCACCGAGCUCCUCAAGAGGCAGCGGCCGCUGGCAGAGUCCCAGCCGGGGGGGGACGCCAUCCCCUCGGCCUCCACCAGCACCACCGCCGCCACCACCUCCUCCUCCUCCCUGCCCCCGGCCCCCGCCCAGCCCGGGACCUCCUCCAGGCAGCAGUCCCCGAGCAGCUCCGACUGUCUCUACGUGGAGCGGGAGGGCCGGAGGCGGGACCGCAAGCCGGACGCCCUCCCCCCUCUGGCCACCUGGCGGCGGCCCCAGCAGUUCCCCCGAUGGGGCCGAGCCAGGGGCCCCUCGUCAGGGCCCCACUCGGCCGCCGACUCCCAGCUGGGGGCCUCCCUGCCGGGGUACGGCGACUGCAGCGUCGACUACGCCGGCUGCGAGGAGGUGUGGUUGACGUCGGCCACCGCCGCGGCGAAGGACGUCCCGACGAACGCCGACGCGCACUACGGCGCUCAGCUCGGAGGAGGAGGAGGGGCUGGACUGGAGGGGUUGAGGCAGAGGGUGAGGCUGCAUCCGAGGGCGUCGGGCCCAGAGAGGGGGGACCGGAGCCGGGACGUGGUGGAGGUGGCCGAGCUGCCGCCAGCACCGCCGGUGCAGCAGGAGAGGAGGAAGGUGGAGAGAGGAGGGAUGGAGGCAGACGAAGGGGUCGGGGAGGACGUGGCGGGGAGGAGGGACCGAUGUGUGCAGCCUGGACAAACUGGAGACUCCCACGGCCAGACGAGCGAUGGAGAGUCGUCCGGACAAGCGGAGGCCAGAGGCAGGCCAGAGGACGACAAGGACCGGGAGCACGGCGACGCCUCCCUGAUGGGCCGCACCUGUGGACCGGACCACGGCAUCCCCUCCCCCUCGCCCCGGAUGCAGUGGCAGGCGCCCUGGUCCCAGGCCGAGGCCACGCCCCUGGAGGAGGACCAGUCCGAGGUGGACUUCGAGCGCCUAGCGGAGGGCCACUUCGAAGGGAAGACCUACGACGAGAUCCAGGACGGCACCGGCCAGGUCUCCCAGCGGCCCCUGGUCCCCGUCUCCCCCGACCACCACGGCGACUUCGGCCUCGCCUGGCCGUCGGCGGACGUGGCCUCGGCGCCCGCCACGCCCAGCCGGCCCCUCACCCCGGCGCUCUCCCAGUUCCCCCUCGGCCCCGCCUCGCCCCCCAUCCCGUCGUCGUCGUCGUCGCUCUCCAUCGCUGGCGCCCCCUACACGGGCAAGGUGCACUUCUGCCACUGCGGCAAGGCCUACACGCUGAAGAGCAUGCGCGACCGCCACGUCAAGAUGCAGCACCUCAACCUGCGGCCCUUCGGCUGCCCCGUGUGCGGCAAGACCUUCAAGAUGAAGCACCACCUGACCAAGCACCUGAAGACCCACGGCGGCCUGCGGCCCUACGAGUGCGGCCUGUGCGGCAAGAAGGUGAUCUGGAGGGAGAGCUUCCUGCGGCACCAGGCGCGCUGCGAGCGGAUGGCCGCCGCUAACAACAACAACAACAACAACAACAACAACGUCUCCGGCGCCACCUCCUCCUCGGGAGGGGUCAACGGGGGGCCGGCGAUGGGGGCGGACGACGCCGGCGGCAGCGCCUACGGGGGCUACGGGUUCGACCACGGCGAGGCCUUCCUGGCGUUGGCGGGGCAGGUGAAGGUGGAGGAGGCGGACUUCGGCGGGGAGGCGGUGGGAGAUGCCGCCGCCGGUGGCGGCGGCGGGGGGAGGUUGAUCGGCGGCGUGGCGGGCAUCAUGGACGAGUUGCGCUCCCAGUCCAGACUCCUGCACGGUCACGUGUUCAAGGAGGAGGCCAGCGAGGGCUUCAGUUGAGACCGAUCUGUGUGUGUGUUUUUUUUUUCGUAAAGCCGAACUCACAGCACUACCGUUUGUAUGAACUUCUUUGCACAACCCCCCGCCCGUUCUUGGUGACCAAUAAACUCUAGGGAAAUCCUGAUUGGAUUCUCCUGAAGAGACGCAGACCAAAGUAGACUGUGGAGAGAAAUCCCAAGCUAUUUAUUUUUUUGUCUUUUAUCAGCUUCUUUUCGUCUUUUUGCGCCAUGACAACAUCCCUGUGUUCUUCGUUUGUUGAAAGCAGUGGAAUCGUAACCAUUAUGUCUUCAAGUUAUAGGCUAUAAUUAAGGACUGAGCGUAAAUUUAACGAAUACCUUUGAUCGCAACACCGGUUUAAAGGCGGCGACACACUGCGGCGAGUGCCAGUGGGGGUUUUUGUUGCAGUGAACAAAAACACUGGCACAAUCACAUCACCUACUUGUUGUGUUGGUUGUGAGGUGUCCUGUAGGGAUCAGUUGUUGGAUAUAAAACAUAUUUCUAUGAAGUUUAUAUAGUUCUUUAUGGAGCACCGGUGUGAAUGUACUCACUGAGUUUUAAAUUAAACUGUUGCACAAUAAUUGCUUAACCACACAGCCUUCUCUUUCACUGUCCACGUUAAUAAUAAACCCCAAAAAACGUUAUGUUCUAGUCAAACUGCAAAUCAUUUCCCGCAGAUCUCCUCAGCAACACAAGAGGUCUCCCUUGUCCAAGACAUCUCUCAAAAGACCUCUCGUCGGAAACAAAAGAUCAUAAUCGUGGACGUGAUGGAAACACGCCGCAGGCUGUAAUUAAUCAGCAGGGUGGAUUUACAGGAUGUGUUUUGAUGUAUGCAACUCCCAGAGGAUGGGGCUUUAUAUCGUUCUCACCUCAAAGGGAAAGGUGGCCAUGCAAGCAUCAAAGAGCUGCAUUGAUCAGAUGUAGGAGGAAAGGAAGGAUUGUUAAAAGACGUCCUACUGUACCGAGGUCGAGAAAGGACUUUAGGUUUAUCGCAUGUCUUUGUGGACCGCGAUAGGAGACAAUAUUGAAACCUUGAAAAGGGCAUGGCCUUUAGUUUGUGGUUGCCGUCAUGAAUAAAACAAGUUAUACUUUUUACACCGGGCGGGAACUUCUAUUAAUCCUUUGCCCAUUGGUACAAUAAUUCCAUUACAUUUCUCAUCACGGUCCACCUCGUCGAAUAAUAUCAUUGCACCAAUGUUAACAGAAUAUGCUGAAAGAAGAGAAUUUUCCUUUGAAGAAAGACAAUUGUGAAUUCGGAAUUAGCCCCGUCUCUUAUGUAAUCAACAACAGGAUUCAGCCUAUGAGGAAACAACUCUAUCUCUGGGCUCGUGAUUGGCGGCGGAAGCGUGUCACGCCCGGGCUAGAAAGGAACGUGGUAGGCUACCCAACCUUUUUUAACAACGGUUUUUUUCCCCGGAUUAUUAACGAAUAUCGCUAUAGACGAUGAAUAAUCUCUAAUACUAAUACAAAUGUCUUCAAUGGAGCGAGCGUUUACAGUGUGAGAACACCAUGGAUUAUUGUUUAUGGAUUUUAAUGAUGCGGUCACCGUUCCGGGUUGGGCCUUGGGAAGUUUCGGCGGAGGUGAAAGGUAAAUCUGUGUUUUACUUAAAUUUUACAAGAAGAGCCUAUAAUAUUACAGCCCAAAAGAAUUAUGGUUGAAAAUAAUUGGUUAUGGCAUAACCUUUUGAUUUUCGUGUAAUGCAGGUAGCCUAAUAUAUUGAGUAGAAACUUGGUGGGCAACGCCAUUUUAGAAAUGUCAAGGUGUUGUGUGUUAGAAACAACUUUUUUUUGUAGGCCUAUAUUAUACAUUUUUGGCUGUACUAGAGGUUUCCUUGAUAAUUUGUGUACAUCAGCAUCCGAUCAGAACAGGCCUACCACAAAGACAAGAGUAUGUUUGUUUCUU